ACACAUCUCCGGUGUUGAUCCGUCCUCUCCGGUGUGUCAGUGCGCGUCAGGCGGUGUUUCCAAAGUGAUCAAUCCGCCAGGUUUUGUGUAAUCCAAGCCUCAGGGUGGGUUUGGGAGGCUGUGCACGUCAGGCCAACACUACAACCCCAGCAGCGCCAGUAAAUGGCACAAGAGAAAAAGGAAGUGCAGCCUGCAGAAACUUCUCAGUUUUAUUCCAUGCAGGCAGCCCGGCGUUUGAAGAAUUUAUCUGCCUAAAAGUUUGGGAUUAGCUGUGACUCUUGAGAGACUUCUGGGCGUAGGGUGAGGCUGAGGGCGCAGCUCCGCAGCUCGUUGCUCCGACGUCUUCCACUUCUCAAGGUCGGCGAUGGUCAACAGCAGGAUGGAGGCACCCGCUGUGGCAGUGAUGGGUGGUGGAGGGGGGACAUCAGGCAGGUCAUGCGCAGGAUGUGGUGGUCGAAUUGCCGACCGCUUCCUGCUCUUCUCCAUGGAGCGCUACUGGCAUACACGUUGCCUCAAAUGUUCCUGCUGUCACGCUCAGCUGGGCGAGUACAGCACCACCUGCUACAGCAAAGGAGGCAUGAUCCUCUGCAAGAACGACUACAUCAGGCUUUUUGGACACAGUGGAGCAUGCAGUGCUUGUGGGCAGUCUAUCCCUGCCAGUGAGAUGGUGAUGCGGACACAAGGCAAUGUGUACCAUCUUAAGUGUUUUACCUGUGCCACCUGUAGAAACCGUUUGGUACCUGGUGAUCGCUUUCAUUACGUCAACGGGACUAUCUUCUGCGAACAUGACCGACCAGGACGGGGCCUUCUCAGCAGUCACCCAGCACCACUGCAGGCCAACGGCAUCAUGUCCGACCAGAAGGUCUGCUGAGGAAGAGGAUGUGAAAAAUAAAUGUGUGCCUUCUCUCCCACCACAAGCUUCUCCUCUUCAGCCUCCUCCUCCUCCUCCUCCUCCAACUCUAAAAUUGCCCUGAAGCUGCUCUCCCUCCGCUCUGGCGACCCGUCAGUCUGUAGUCUGGAUGUAUCUUCUCUCGCUGUUGUUUUGGGCUUUUCCCGUGCCAAAUACAAAAUCAUUUAUCCCAGAUUGUGAGGAGCAGAGAUUUUGCGUCCACUGCUUCAUCGGAGGGACGGUAACACUGAAGAUGGCUGGAACUUAUUUAUACUGUAGACUGACGCCCAUUCUCAGCCGUGGCAGUGUUACUGGUACAGAGCGGUGUUGGUGAUCAUCCUGCUCCAGUGGAUCCAGUGGAAUUACCUUUACCCAGCCAGUUAGACUGUGAAGAGAACAAAGAGGAAACACAGACAGCAAGGAGGCAGUGGUCAGGAACUGCUCCCACCGAGCAAUAAUGACUUCUGAAGCCGGACAAAAUCGGACAGGGACUCCACGCUUUUGAGACCUUUCUGAUCAUGAGGGAGAAUUUGUAAAACACCAGGUUUGAAAUUUGAACUGCUUGGAUGUUUCCCCUCCACUGUCCUCACAACAUCUGGACAAGAACGGAGCACACAAAACAAAUAAAUGAAUAAAAAUCUAUAUUGACGCUCAAAGAAUUUUUCUCGGUGUGCUACAUUUAAGACUUCAGUAGAAUAUUCAAUGAAUAUUUUAGUUGAUUUUUUUUUUUCAUAUAUACAACAUUUGAUGCCUUUUCCUCGUUCAUUAUUUUGAUGGACUGUAUCCGAUGUGCUUUGAUUUUUUUUUUCUUUUUCUUCAGGUGAUGGUGUUUCUUCAGGGAUGGUAAAUGUAGUUAGGAUUCAGUCGGAUGCAGUGUGUAUUUGUGUUAGGAAAGAUUAUUUUACCAGCAAAUGUUCUGAAGCUGUCAUUAGCAACAGUGAGGCAUACACUCUAAAUGUUUAUUUGCAGUAAUGGUUGAUUCAAUUUAGUAAAUUUAAAGGAUCGAUUUUGCAUGUUUAGCCUAAUAUCUACAAAAUGUAAAUACUUAGCGUUUCUGCUAAUCUUUUCCCAAAACAAGCAGUCGUAUUUAAAUAAAUUUUCCUCUCUUUUA